CGAGCGCGUGUGCGUGCAGAGUCAACGGCCGACGCGGAUCCGCUCCUUUGGUCACGGCAAGCCCCCGGUCCUGGUCUCAGGCCGUUUCCCCGCAAGGAAUCGCCUCGACUCAGUCGCCGCUAAGCUAAUCGCCAGCCUCUCGCCAUCCGCACUUCUUCUCUCCUUGUCGCCAUCCCACGCCAUCUCUCCGCUACGGACCGCUGUUCGCGCGCAAAGCGGCCGUGACGACGCAGCCAGACACGCAGGGCACCAUGUCUUCGCCGUCACCGCCAAAGCCAUGGGAGACGAGCACAGGCGCGACAAGUGCCUCGGUUGGACUCACCGGCUCGACUAGCAGCACAGCACCCAGCACCACCACGGCCACUGCCGCGUCCCCGUCGUCUGCCGCCGCUCCUCCGUUGCCAUCCGUGCCCGACUCGCUCAGCACCGUCGCGAACCGCAACGCGACGACAUAUUCGGGCAUGAACAACCGAUACACGUCGCCCUACGCCAGCGGCUACGGAGGCAUGAACACGUACAACUCGCCCUACUCGACCAUGGGCGGGGGCUACGGGUCCAUGUACGGCGGUAUGGGCGGCAUGUACGGCGGCAUGGGUGGCAUGUACGGCAGCAUGGGCGGAAUGUAUGGAGGCAUGGGCGGCAUGCCGGGCGAUCCAAACAGCAGCCUUACACAGUCCUUCAGCCAAAGCACAGCAGCCACAUUCCAGUUGAUUGAGAACAUUGUCGGCGCCUUUGGUGGCUUCGCGCAGAUGCUCCAAAGCACAUACAUGGCGACGCAUUCGUCAUUUUUCGCCAUGGUAUCCGUAGCAGAACAGUUUGGAAACCUGCGACAAACACUAGGUUCGGUAUUGGGCAUAUAUACCGUCAUGCGAUGGAUAAGGACGGCCAUUGCAAAGCUUACCGGACGACCCUUGCCAGCUGAUGCGACCGCCCUGACCCCCGCGAGCUUCGCGGCUUUCAACGGCCGCAUGCCAGACGGCUCACCGGCGCCUCCCAAGCCGUCCAAGAAGCCUUUCGUCGUUUUCAUGCUUGCUGUGUUUGGCCUGCCAUACCUCAUGGGCAAGCUCAUCAAGGCACUUGCCCGAUCACAAGAGGCCGAGGAGCAACGGAGGAUGUUGGAGAACCCACAGGCUGGCCAGGUGCUCGACCCCAACAAACUCGAGUUCUGUCGCGUCCUGUACGACUUCACUCCCAACGCCAACAUGCAGGGCAUGGACCUCUCGGUGAAGAAGGGAGACAUGGUCGCUGUGCUUAGCAAGAGCGACCCCAUGGGCAACGCGUCAGAGUGGUGGAAGUGCCGUUCAAGAGACGGCCGCGUGGGCUAUCUCCCCGGCAUCUACCUGGAGACGAUCCAGCGAAAGACGCCUGCCCAAAUCACUAGCGGAAGCCAGGUUGGAAGCCCAGCUAGCAGCAGAAGCCAAACAAUGACCAGCAGCAGCGCUGCGGCCCGGACCGCUGCCAUGGCGGUGAGCAAGGAGAGCGAUAAAGCUGGACCAAAAGUCGAGACCAAGGCAGGAGACAUGGGUGUCGAAAGCUUCCAGAAGGGCGCGUUCUACUCGUAAUGGCACGAUGAUGUUUGCUGGGCAUUUUUGUUUCUUUCAUUGCGUUUGGCGUUUUCCAUAUUAUCAGUCUCUGGUCCGUGGGCCAUUGUAUAAUGUCGGCUGGGAAAAGCUACGGCUACGGCGUAUGGCGCGUAAAGAUAUCAUGAGCGAAUCAAUGUCGAAAUUCAC